UUACUAGACAGAGCACAAUCAAAUACUUGAAACUUAAUUUUCAACUCUUUGGGCGAAAUAUAUUUAUUGAAAGGCCAACAAAAUGUCGGUGUAUACGCCGGAAGUACGCAUUACGCGUAUCACAGACACCUAUCUGCAGGAUACGUUGGACGAAAUGGCGGAGGAGCAGAAUAAGCCCAAGGGGCCAACCAAAGCGGAAAAGAAGCAGAUGAAGAAAGAAGCAGCGCGCAAGAAGAAAAUGGAAGAACAAAUGUUGAUUUUGCGCCAUGGCUUGCGUACUGAACUGGAGAUUGGCAAGCGCAUGGAUCUGCGCGGCUUGGAGGAAUGGAACGCCAUAGCUGAGCAAAUAAAACUGAUUGAUUUGCGGCAAGAGCUGCUUCAGUGGGGAGAAAACGCCGAGCGCAUUCUUCAGAACAAGAACGAUCGCAUCAACAUGCUGGUCGCCGAUCUGGCGCACACCAACGAGCAGCAUGCGCGCAAUUUCGGCCGCACCGUGGAGCUGAUCGAUCACAUCAACGAGUGCUAUCACGCCAUGCUGGAGGGCAACAAGCACAUGUACGAGCAGCAGGCGGAGGAACUGCUCAAGGAGUUCUACGACGAGGUGCACCUGCGCACCGAGGAGGUGGACGCGAUGCACCAGAACAGCGAGAACAUCAUCCACGCCUCGAACCUCUACACGCGCGAUCAGCUCAAGGAGGACUACCAGAUCUACCAGGAGCAGCGCGACGACUACGUGAACAAGAACAUCGCGCGUCGAUUCGAGAUACGCGACCAGGUGGUCAACAAGAUGAACCACAUGCAGCGACAGCUGAACGAGUUCGUCGAUGCACUCCACAGCACCGAUCUGGAUGUGCACAAAUACGAGCGCAUUCGGAUGCUCACCGAGCGCCAGCAGCAGUUCGUGGAGGACACCAAGAAGCUGAACCAGGACGAGGUGAAGUACAUCGGAAUGCUGCACGAGAUACAGCAGGAGACGCUGCGCGUCGAGACGGAGAAUAAUGCGACGAUCAACGAUCUGCGCCUGGAGUUCGAGUACUUCUCGAAUGUGCGCAAGAAGAUCGAGGAUCGCAUGCAUGCCGAUCGCAUCACAACGCACGAGAAGCUGCGCAUACUCAGCACCGAGUGCUACGAUUUGACCAAGAAAUUCGAGAAGAUCGUGAAGAGCGGCGAGCUGCUGCUCGCCCUGUCCAUCACCUGUCGCAAGCUGCAAACGGAGUCCGAGAAAAUCAUUGUGGGCGGCGAGGUGGUCGAUACCAUCGAUGUGGGCCCGAUCGAUGACGAUUUCACGCUGCAAACGCUGGACCUUAAGAAGCACGUGGACCUGAACGACGAGGAUCUGGUCAUGCUGAACAAGAGCCUGAAGAACUUCUGGCGCCAGCAGGCCAUGGCCCAGGCCCAGAACAUGCUGCUGCUGGAGGAGAAGCGCAAGCUGACCGAAGAGAAUCAGCGCCACAUCGACUUCAUCAAGUCCAUGAGCAAGACGGACAAUGCCGAGGAGCUGCGCGCCGCCAUGAUCGUUAGCCCGUGCAUGAAGAAGGUGCCGCUGCUCUUCGACACCCAAUGCCGUUUCCAGAAGCUCCGCAUCAAGCGCGAGUCGGCCACAGCCGGACGGGAGGCCCAGCGAGAGGCGAUGAACACCAUCAAAUACAUCUUGCAUACCAGCCAGUGCAGUCUGCAUAAUCCAAAGAAGAAGGAGGAAAAGUAAACUAGAUCUAGUAGA